AUGGCCAUCAAUUUCGAAGAAAUUCCCCAUGAAAUUAGCGUGGCACCAAAGCCGGCGACGCGAACAAAACGCACCGUCCUCGAAGAAAUCAAUGCUCGGCAACAUCUGUUGCAGGAGCGUUCGAUAAAAUGCAAAAAUAUUCCAACCUUCUAUGAAAAGCCGAAGAAAAAACCCCAUCGCUAUACCUUCAAAUAUUUUUGUGUUUGUCCGCGCUAUAAUCCUCACUACCGGUGCCAGCAUCGUGGCGAGAAUGUCAUCAUUGAUCGUGAUGUUCUAACGGCCCAUGAACAUAUCGUCCAUUUGGCAACACCACGAGAAAAUCAAGCAGCACCACGUCUGCCGCCACGAUUCUAUCAAAAGAAAUUUAUUUUGCCAAAUUGUACGGCCCGAAUUCACAAAUUGGCGAUGCCGGAUAGUAAGCAUGUCAUGCAUACGUUAGCGAAUUUUAAACAUAUUCUCCCGAAGCGACAUCGUUCGGCGUUGAAGGGACGUCUCGAGGAGAAGAAACCUAAAAUUGAAUAUACAAAUAUUGCAACGGCCCUGGAAUGGAUGGCCGAGGAGAGGAGGUUGAAGAAAGUCGCAAAGCGAAUGGAACGUUUACGUUGCCGCAAAAUUCAAAGGCAAAUUGUUCAAAAGCAGCGUACCCAAAUUAAGAAAAUUAUUUGUGUUCUCUUCGAAGAGAUGCGGGAGUUUCUUUUGAAUGAUCAAUUCAUAAUCGAUGAUGCAUCGCCGUUGGUCGGGGUGAUUAUGGAAACAUUGAGGGAAUUUACAAAUAAAGAUUUCUAUGUAACCAAUAAUCUGAAGGAGUAUCAAAAGAUUUUAUCCUUGAAUUUGGCCGUCUGGAUAAAUAAAUUCAUAUCGAAUUUAAAUAUUCACAUUGCGCAGACACCGGAACAAUAUGAACAAGAACAACAACAACGCCAGCAACCACAACAAAUGGCAGGACAACAACCUGAAAUGCCAGUAACAUUUCUACCCCUUGCCGAUUAUAUCUCCUAUACCACAAGUAGUUCAGAACAUUUGGCACCAUGUUCAAAAACAAGAGUUGAAAAAUAA